GGUUAAAAAUUGAUUUUGUUUUUGCAUAUCGUCGUGCUUGUGACGUAAUGUUGUGCAAACGUUCAUGUUAUCAAUUUGUUUAGUAACUAGAUUUAUUUAAUACGUCUUAUAAUCAGAUUUUUAAACAAUUUAAAUUUAUCAAGAUGCCAUUAACCUGUCUUGCUUGCAAAUUAUUGUUUUCUGUCCCUCAACUUCAUCAUGAUCAUUACAAAACUGAUUGGCAUAGAUAUAAUUUAAAAAGACAAAUUGCUGAGCUACCUCCGCUGUCUAAAGAAGAGUACGAAAAACGAUUGGCUGCCUUCAAAGAAAGUGAAGCUGAAAAAGAUAAAAAAGUUUCACUACGAUGCGAAUCUUGCAACAAGCAUUUUUCUUCCAACAAUGCAUUGGAAAACCACCUGAAGUCCAAGAAACACUUGGACGUCGAAGCAAGGAAACCUAAAAAGUCGCCCCGAAAAGAAAUAAAACCUACGACAAGCGACCAAAAACCUAUCGCUGAACCAGCUGCAAAUGAUGUAUCUGAUAAUGACGACGAUUGGGAAGAUGACGAUGAGGAAGGUGAAUGGGAAAGUUGUGACGAAAAUGACGAUGAAGGUGGAAAGAGAAUUAUAAUUGAUACAAACGACUGUUUAUUUUGUGAUAACGUUAGCGAUUCAACCGAGAGCAAUGUAUCCCACAUGACCUCUGCUCAUUCCUUUUUCAUUCCUGAUAUUGAAUAUCUUACUGAUUUAGAUGCUUUAAUUGGUACUCUAGCUGCUAAAAUUCACAUGGAUCACAUAUGUUUAUGGUGCAAUGGUAAAGGGAGAGGUUUUAAAUCUGUCAAGUCUGUAAAGCAGCAUAUGAUAGACAAAGGUCACUGCAAAAUGUUACACGAAGGAGAAGCACUCUUAGAUUAUGCUGAUCUCUAUGAUUACUCUAAAGUUGAGAGUGAAGAUGAACCAGUUGAUGUUGCUGAAAUGGAUGAAUUAUUGAGUGAUGCUGAUUAUGAACUAGUGCUGCCCUCCGGUGCCACUGUGGGUCAUCGAUCAUUAAGUUUGUAUUAUAAACAAAAUUUGAAACCAGUUCAAUCUAAUAGCAAACAAAAAGUGAAAAAGGUUUUGCAAUACUACCAGUCUAUAGGAUACACUGCAACCACGGCUAAAAUUGCUGCCAAGAAAGCAAGGGAUAUAUCAUAUGUGAAAAGAGUGAAAGACCGGUAUAAUCUGAAGUUGGGUAUGAAGCAGAAUAAGUUGCUUCAACCUCAUUUUAGGCACCAAAUUAUGUUCUAAGUUUCAUAACCUAAAAAUAUUAGUUGUAUAAUUAUUACUGUUGAUACAAUUAAUAAAUUACUAGUGCAAGUUA